AUGUCAUCACGAUCCAACAAACCAGUAAGGCAGGAUUAUAUAGCGAAAAUACGAUACACAAACAAUUUACCACCACCACCAUUAAACCCAAAAUAUAUAGAAUAUAAUACAACAAAUCCAAUAUCUUCCAAAAUUGAAGGAGAACAAUUAUUAUCAUCAUUAUUUCGUAAAGAAAAUUUUCAAAAUUUAAUAGAAAGAAUAGAUGAAAAUUUAGGAUUAGAAUUAAAUUUAAUUAAUAAUCAUGGAUUUUUAGAUCAAGAUAAAUUGGAAGUUAUAGGACAAUUAACUAAUGAUGAUAAUUCUCCAAUAAAUUUACAUCCAAAAGAUAGAGUAUUAUUACGUGAUGCAGGAAUAGGAAAAUUAAAAAAAUCAGAACCAGGAGUAUCAUUUUUAAGAAGAACUGAAUAUAUUUCUGAAAGAUCAGUACCAAAAUCUUCAACAAAUAUUGAAGAAAAUAAAGUUAAUGAAAAAUUAAAAAAUAAUGAAGAAGAUCAAUUAGAUUCUGAACAUCAAUUAAAAGCUGUUGAAAAUACAUUUACAGAAGCUGAAAAAUCAAUGAAUGAUUUAACAACAAUAAAACAUCCCAAAAAUAAAAAAUUAAAAGCCAUUUCUACUUGGCCUUUAUUACCUGAUACUUCAAUGAUGGAUAAUAAAUUAAUUAAUAUGAAAUUUUUAGGAAGCGCUUCAAUCAAGAGAGAACAAGAUGUUUUAAAAAGAAAAGAAGGUUCAAAAUAUGACUCUCUUAUACAAAAACAAAAACAAGAAACUUCUAUAUUUUAUCCUAUAAAAUCAGAAGAUGGAGGAGAAUGGAUUUCAAUGUUUGAAUUAUCAUCACCUGAACAAAUCUCAAAACUUUAUUCAAAUUUAAAUUCAAUAGAACCAGAAAAUCCAAUAAAUUUAUUAGAUAUGGAAGAUGAAACUCAACAAAUAUAUGAUUUUAAAUAUACUAAAAAUUAUGAUAUGAUAUAUCAAACAUAUAAUAAUCCAUAUGGAGAACUAGCUAUAAAUUUUGUCCCCGAAGAAGAAGAAUCAGAAAUAGAAUCUUCAAAAUCAAAAUUUAAAAAAAGAAAAGUAGCUCAUUAUUUACCAAUAAAUGGUAAAAUAGAAUUAAGAAAACAUAGAGCUUCAACAAACAGUGAAAUUAAUAAAUUUAUAAAAGAAAGAACUUUUGAUGAAAUUAAAUUUAAAUUAAGAGAACCUACAACAAAUGAAUUGAAUUUAAUGGAUAAAGCAAGAUCUGAAUUUGAUCCAAUGGAAUAUGAUAGUGAAUAG